UGCGCUGUGGAUGUCACGGACGGAUUGCCGAGUACGGAUCGUCGUUCGCGUAUACGUGGUCGAGAGCUUCGGGCAGGCGUAGUGCGAGUUUCGUCCAAGGGUCCCAAGAUGUUUCGCAGCUCGACGAAUUUUGAUAAGUUAUUAGAAAGGGCAACGAGUCAUCUGCAGUUGGAACCGGACUGGCCUGCGAUUCUGCAGAUUUGUGAUCUCAUACGUCAGAGCGAUGUUCAACCGAAAGCUGCACUCGCCGCUAUAAAAAAGAAGAUGAUAAACCCUAAUCCGCAUGUAGCGCUGUACGCCUUACUGGUACUGGAGUCUUGCGUGAAGAAUUGUGGGGCGUUGAUUCACGAUGAGAUAGCUACCAAGCAGUACAUGGAGCAAUUGAAGGAGUUGGUUAAAACCUCUCCGCACGAGAACGUCAGACUAAAAACUUUGGAGCUCAUACAGGCUUGGGCUCACGCAUUUCGUCACAGUCCCAAAUAUAGAACAGUUCAGGACACAUUAAAUAUAAUGAAAGCCGAGGGUUUCCUGCAUCAGUUUCCUGCAUUGAAAGAGAGCGACGCUAUGUUUAGAGCGGACACCGCGCCCGCAUGGGCGGAUGGCGAGGUGUGCCAUCGGUGCCGCGUGACUUUCGGCAUGGUCCAACGGAAGCAUCACUGCAGAGCGUGCGGCCAGGUCUUUUGCGGCCAGUGUUCGAGUAAGGUCUCUACCCUGCCGAAAUUCGGAAUUGAGAAAGAAGUGCGAGUUUGCGAGGCUUGCUACGAGCAAGUUAACAAGCCAUCUGCAACGCAAACCAAAGAUACCGACCUUCCAACGGAGUAUCUCAAAAGCUCUUUGGCUCAGCAGACACAGGUCCCAGCUCGAAAAACAGAAGAGGAGCUGCGAGAAGAGGAAGAAUUAAAUCUGGCGAUAGCCUUAAGUCAGAGUGAAGCUGAACAAAAGGAAAAGGAAAAGAAACGUACUACAAGCGUUUUAAAAUCCAAUCCAACCCCCAUAUCUAGAGCAACAUAUUCUCCACCACCAUCACCUGGUCCCAGCCCGUCACAGGUACAAGAUGAUGACGAGAUCGAACCUGAGCUUGCUAAAUAUCUAAAUCGCAAGUAUUGGGAACAAAGGCAGACUGUAAAUGAGGAGCAUGGAUCAAGAGUAGAUGUGACUAGUCCAUCUGCCCCUAACAUAAGCAGUCCGAUGCCCCAAAAACUUGUAAUAAUAAAGCAGGAAAAUGGCGAGAUCAAUACUCAAAUGGAAGAAUUUGUAGGUGGUUUAAGAUCUCAGGUUGAAAUCUUCGUAAACAGGAUGAAAAGCAACUCCUCGCGAGGCAGAUCGAUCGCCAAUGAUAGUUCAGUUCAGACUUUAUUUAUGAAUAUAACAACUAUGCAUUCCAGAUUAUUAAGAUAUAUCCAGGAACAGGAUGACAGCAGAGUGUAUUACGAAGGUUUGCAAGAUAAAUUAACUCAGAUGAAAGAUGCCAGAGCCGCUUUGGACGCGCUCCGAGAGGAGCACAAAGAGAAAUUGCGCAGAAGGGCGGAAGAAGCUGAGAGACAGCGGCAGUUGCUGAUGGCACAAAAACUGGCAAUCAUGCGAAAGAAGAAGCAGGAAUACUUGCAGUACCAACGCCAAUUAGCAUUACGAAAGAUUCAAGAGCAAGAAAGGGAAAUGCAGAUGCGCCAAGAGCAACAGAAACAGCAAUAUAUAAUGGGAGGUUAUCAAGCGGUUUCAGAUUUUAUGGGACCUUCUCAAGGCUCGCCCGUUCGUCAUGUUCACUAUCCGACUCCUGGAGCUAAUUACAAUCCUAUGUCACCCACGAAUCAAGGAGUUUAUAUGUAUGGACAGCCAGCCAUGAGUCAGUAUCCUAUGCAGGGUUAUAACAUGCCGCCGAUGAAUACUUUGCCAGUGCACAUGAUGCAAUCGCUUCCUAAUCCGGAACAACAAUCGCCAGAUCCAUCUAUCCAAGGGCAGGAGAAUAUAGGCCGCGUGUCUAUAUCGGGUCCUGGAAUGAUGCCGCCUCAAAUGACACCUAUUCAACAGCUGCAGCCACCGAGCAAUCAUCAGAUGGGAUCCCAACAAGGUCCCGCGGUACACGUGCCGCCUGGACAGGCUCAAGCAGGCAGACAUAUAUCACCUCAACAAGGCGCUCCGUCCCAAAUUCCGCAGCAGGCUCCUCCUCCGACUCAAAUCGGACUGCCUCAGAUACCUCCAGGGCACAUGGGCCCUUCAUCGGGUCCGGUAGUUUCGGGUAGUCAUGUACCCGCCGGCGCCGUGGUUGGCCUGCCACCACAGAUAGCGUCGCAACAACCGCCUACAUUGCCUGGUGCCCAAGGAUCCUCAAUAUCGACGCAUAUCCCCAAUACUGCUAUUUCGUCCCAACCCCCUUCGGGUGUCAUUCAAGUGCCUGCCGGAGCUAACAGCGGACCUGUUCCUGCAACGAGUCAAACAUUACCUGGCCCCCAAACGGCCGGUGUACCAGCGAUGCAAGGAAUGGCCCAGAUUCCUGCCGCACAGUCGAUGCCAUUUCAACCUGCUCCUCCAGUCCAGGCUACAACUAACGAAACUUCGCAAGUCGCAGAAGAUACAAAACCUAGAACGGCCGAGCUAAUUUCUUUCGAUUGAAUAAAUUGAAUAUUACGUGUAAUAUAUUUAAAAUAGAAAAACAAGUUUUACUUUUCUUUCUAAAUUAGAACAUAACAAAGUUAAGAUAAAUAAUUGCUUAUUUUACCGAAUGAAAUUCUGGCAAUAAAGCCAUAAUUACGCAUUUGUUGGUUAUUGUCGUAAUACUGUUUUUAAGAAAUGUAUUAGAACAGAAUAAAAUACGAAUAUGUAUGUAAAGGAAUAUUAGCAGAAUAGAAGAGAUAUGAAUCCGGUUAGUUUUAUAUACAUGCAAUUGUGCAAUUUACAAUACCAAAACUGUUUGCUGCUGUUCUUUAAAACAAAUUCGUUUAUAAUAAAUAUAUAACUAUAUAUAUAUAUAUAUAUAUAUAUACAGGAUAUGCUUCAAUAUAUGAAAUAAAGACACAGUUUCUAAUACAACAA